GAUUAUUUAGCCCAGCCUCAUAGACUUAUAGAUAACAAAAGAAAAUACCAGAGAUGUUAAAUGACCCACACAAGACCACAUUGCUGGAGAUGAUGGUGAAAAAGGAGAUCCAGGAGAAGAGGGAAAGCAUGGCAAAGUGGGACGCAUGGGGCCGAAAGGAAUUAAAGGAGAACUGGGUGAUAUGGGAGAUCAGGGCAAUAUUGGCAAGACUGGGCCCAUUGGGAAGAAGGGUGACAAAGGGGAAAAAGGUUUGCUUGGCAUACCUGGAGAAAAAGGCAAAGCAGGUACUGUCUGUGAUUGUGGAAGAUACCGGAAAUUUGUUGGACAACUGGAUAUUAGUAUUGCUCGGCUCAAGACAUCUAUGAAGUUUGUCAAGAAUGUAUUCCAGGCACUGAAGCUGAAGAGUGUCAAAGACAUGGUCCUUGUCCUUAAGACAUUCACAGUGAUAGCAGGGAUUAGGGAAACUGAAGAGAAAUUCUACUACAUCGUGCAGGAAGAGAAGAACUACAGGGAAUCCCUAACCCACUGCAGGAUUCGGGGUGGAAUGCUAGCCAUGCCCAAGGAUGAAGCUGCCAACACACUCAUCGCUGACUAUGUUGCCAAGAGUGGCUUCUUUCGGGUGUUCAUUGGCGUGAAUGACCUUGAAAGGGAGGGACAGUACGUGUUCACAGACAACACUCCACUGCAGAACUAUAGCAACUGGAAUGAGGGGGAACCCAGCGACCCCUAUGGUCAUGAGGACUGUGUGGAGAUGCUGAGCUCUGGCAGAUGGAAUGACACAGAGUGCCAUCUUACCAUGUACUUUGUCUGUGAGUUCAUCAAGAAGAAAAAGUAACUUCCCUCAUCCUACGUAUUUGCUAUUUUCCUGUGACCGUCAUUACAGUUAUUGUUAUCCAUCCUUUUUUUCCUAAUUGUACUACAUUUGAUCUGAGUCAACAUAGCUAGGAAAUGCUAAACUGAGGUAUGGAGCCUCCAUCAUCAUGCUCUUUUGUGAUGAUUUUCAUAUUUUCACACAUGGUAUGUUAUAGACCCAAUAACUCGCCAGGUUACAUGGGUCUUGAGAGAGAAUUUUAAUUACUAAUUGUGCACGAGAUAUUUGGUUGUCUAUAUGUCAAAUGAGUUGUUCUCUUGGUAUUUGCUCUACCAUCUCUCCCUAGAGCACUCUGUGUCUAUCCCAGUGGAUAAUUUCCCAGUUUACCGGUGAUGAUCAGGAAGGUUGUUGAUGGUUAGGCUAACCUGCCCUGGCCCAAAGCCAGACAUGUACAAGGGCUUUCUGUGAGCAAUGAUAAGAUCUUUGAAUCCGAGAUGCCCAGAUCUUUUACCAGUCACACUCUAUGGCCAUGGCUAUACUUGGAAGUUCUCCUUGUUGGCACAGACAUAGAAAUGCUUUAACCCCAAACCUUUAUAUGGGGGACUUCUAGCUUUGUGUCUUGUUUCAGACCAUGUGGAAUGAUAAAUGCUCUUUUUGUAUUUCUGAUCUAUCGAUUUCACUAACAUAUACCAAGUAGGUGCUUUGAACCCCUUUCUGUAGGCUCACACCUUAAUCUCAGGCCCCUAUAUAGUCACACUUUGAUUUAAGAAAAAUGGAACUCUUGAAAUCAAAAGAAAAAAAUGGGGAAUUGUUCACAAACAAUAUUGGUUAUAGUUCUCUUGCUAAAUUGCCCACUGCUAUUAACUUAACUUCAUUUUUAUUUAUCUUAGGUUUACCUGCAUCAAUUUUAUUCACCUUAGGCAUAGGGAAUGAGGGAAGGAGUUUGUGAAGCCUUAAGAAAAUUCUGGAAGCUUCAAAGUGCUACCAACAUCAUCUCCAGGCCCCCUCGUCCUUGCCUCUAACAUAUCACUAAUGGUGACAUUUCAUGGGAGGCCUUUUACUCUUCAUAAAUAUAUGUCAUAGAAAUCCUACUGGAGAUGUCCCUUCUAAUACUCUGGCAUCACAGAAAUGUGUGAGGCACAGAAUUCGGAACAUGCUUAGAACUCACAUUUACUGAGCUGGUAAAAUUCUACCUUGAACUGUAGAUCAAACCUCAAAGCAGCUUUCACUUGGAAUUUAAAAAUAAACAGUUCAAACAUACUCUAGAUUAUCACCCUAUAAACUUCUACUCCAGUUAUGGUUUCUGACAUAUGAUUAGACUGUUUCAAAUGCUGGCAAAAUGGUUAAUGAAGUAAAAGAAACAGAUCAACAACAUAUGUUCACCUUAAACCAUCUGUUCAUGAUUUCACCCGUGACUAACUGGUUAUGAGAUAGGACUUAAUUAGGUUAUUUCUGUGGGUUCAACAAGGGCCAUAAACUCAGAUCCUACAGGGGCCAGGCAGAUGACUUACCUAAAUGAAGUGGAACAGGUGGGGACCCUAGUGCACUGAGCACAGCUUGCCCUUCCAAAGGAGCCAGCUGCUCCUCAGUGGCUGCUGCUGGUGCUAGGGAGGACCCAAUCUUGCUAAAUGUGCUGAUAUUUCAAGAGAAGUCAGAAAGCUGGGACUUUGUAACAUAAGCUCAUAUUUUAAUAUGUUGGCAACUAAUUAAUUUUUAACCCAAAUUUUAAGUGGGUUAAAAAUUAAUUAAAAUUAAAGAUUUGAGGUCAAAAGUCUUCUAGCUAAAAUUGUGAUCAUUUCAUUUCUUACUUCUGGAGGAAGGUUCAGAAGGUUCUCUAACCGAAUAGAAUGUCAUUAGGAUAUGAUGACAUCAAAGUCAAGAUAUCCCAUUAAUACCUUAUUCAAUUCAGCUUAAUAAUAGGAAUUUGUUAUAUGUUUGACAUUUAUCAGGUUACUAGUUAAACUCUUUUGAGAUGAUAGCACAUGAUAUUUUAAAGGCAGAAAAGCUUAAUAAAAAUUACAAAGCAGGACAUCAAAAGCCAGUAUCCUUGGAUAGAAAGCCAUCCCAGAUCAUGAGGAAUGAAAACCUAGAAACACCUGUAGGAAAAUAAAGCUCAUAUGUAAGAAGAGAGGAAGGAGAGACAUGCAGCAAAUGUUGCCUACGGGCAACUUCAUGUUAAGGAUCCAUGUUCUGAUUUGUUCUAAGCCCCCAAAGUAUGAGUAUUUAUUGUGUGCACUGUUAGUGCUAUUAUUAUUUACUGUGAAUGUUAUAAUAAUAGUUCUCUCAAUGACUCAUGUUGUCUGUGAUGCUUCCAAGAGAAGAUAACAGAACUUCAACAAAUAAGGUAUAUCCUGCAACCUUGCCUGAAAGAAAUUUUGAAGACACCACACACUUAAUUAAAAUUACUAUAAAAACUCAAAUUUGUGAAGCACGUUGUGCUUUAAAAAAUGCCUUCACAUAUCAAUUUUCAUUUGAUUCUGAUAAACUCUGUGAAGGACGAAAAACAGUCAUUUUUACUGCCACUUCCCAAUGAUAAUACUGAGGCCCAAGGAAGCUAAGCAAUUUACCAAAAUCAGCUCACAUAUAAAUGAAUGCCAUUAGCCUGCUGAUUGAAACUGCCAAUGCAGUGUCUUCUCCAAUUUCUGUGCAUUGCUCAUGUAUUGAAUGGAAGUUCAUCCACAAUGGUCUUGUGAUAGCAGGGGCUCAAACAACUUAUCUGUACUACAUUCCAAAGUUAAAGAUGAGGAUUAAUUAACAGAGAUGCUGGAUACAGCAACUUGCCUUACAAAUUUAGUGUUCACUGUUUUGUUUUUCAAUUCACAAAUGUCCACAUAGGCAUUAGUGUUGAGGAGGUGACUUACGGCAGCCACAGUACAAUUCUGCAGGUAACUAGAGAUAUAGGGCAAUCAAAACAGAUAUAUAUAAAAAUCAAUUUUGUUAGUCUUUUCAAAAUACCAGCUCCUCAAUUCCUGGACUUUUUGAUGGGUUUUUCAUGUCUCUAUCUCCUUCAGUUCUGCGCUGAUCAUAGUUAUUUCUUGUCUUCUGCUACCUUUUGAAUGUGCUUGUUCUCGCUUCUCUAGUUCUUUUAAUUUUGAUGUUAGGGUGUUGAUAUUAGAUCUUUCCUGCUUUCUCCUGUUGGCAUUUAGUGCUAUAAAUUUCCCUCUAAACACUGCUUUAGCUGUGUCUCAGAGAUUCUGAGACAAACAUACGUUGUGUAUUUGUUCUCAUUGGUUUCAAAGAACUUAUUUAUUUCUGCCCUAAUUUUGUUAUUCCACCAGUAGUCAGUCAUUCAGGAGCAGGUUGUUCAGUUUCCAUGUAGUUGUGUGGUUUUGAGUGAGUUUUUUAACCCUGAGUUCUAACUUGAUUGGGCUGUGGUCUGAGAGACUGUUUGUUAUGAUUUCCAUUAGUUUGCAUUUGCUGAGGAGUGUUUUACUUCCAAUUAUGUGGUCAGUUUUAGAGUAAGUGCAAUGUGGUGUUGAGAAGAAUGUAUAUUCUGUUGAUUUGGGGUGGAAAGUUCUGUAAAUGUGUGUUAUAUCCGAUAACAAGUUCUGAAAUUGAGGCAGUAAUUAAUAGCCUACCAACCAAAAAAAAAGCCCAAGACUAGACAGAUUCAUAGCUGAAUUCUACCAGAGGUACAAAAAGGAGCUGGAGCCAUUCCUUCAGAAACUAUUCCAGACAAUAGAAAAAGAGGGACUCCUUCCUAACUCAUUUUAUGAGGCCGGCAUCAUCCUGAUACCAAAACCUGGCAGAGAAACAACAACAACAAAAAUUUCAGGCCAAUAUCCUUAAUGAACAUUGAUGUGAAUAUCCUCAAUACAAUAUUGGCAAACCGAAUCCAGCAUCAGAAAGCCUAUCCACCAUGAUCAAGUCGGUGUCAUCCCUGGGAUGCAAGGCUAGUUCAACAUACGCAAACCAAUAAACAUAAUCCAUCACAUAAACAGAACCAAUGACAAAAACCACAUGAUUAUCUCAAUAGAUGCAGAAAAGGCCUUUGAUAAAAUUUAACACCCCUUUAUGCUAAAAACUCUCAAUAAACUAUUUAGUGAUAGAACAUUUCUCAAAAUAAUAAAACUAUUUAUGACAAACUCACAGCCAAUAUCAUACUGAAUAGGCAAAAGCUAGAACCAUUCCCUUUGAAAAUGGGCACAAGACAAGGAUGCCCUUUCUCACCACUCCUAUUCAACAUAGUAUUGGAAGUUCGGGCCAGAGCAAUCAAGCAAAAGAAAGAAAUAAAGGGCAUUCAAAUAGGAAGAGAGGACCUCAAAUUGUCUCUGUUUGCAGAUGACAUAAUUGUAUAUUUAGAAAACCCCAUGGUCUCAGCCCAAAAUCUCCUUAAGCUGAUAAACAACUUCAGCAAAGUCUCAGGAUACAAAAUCAAUGUGCAAAAAUCACAAGCAUUCCAAUACACCAAUAAUAGACAAACAGAGAGCCAAAUCAUGAGUGAACUUCCAUUCACAAUUGCUACAAAGAGAAUAAAAUACCUAAGAAUCCAACUUACAAGGGAAGUGAAGGACCUCUUCAAGAACUACAAACCACGGUUCAAGGAAAUCAGAGACGACACAAACAAAUGGAAAAACAUUCCAUGCUCAUGAAUAGGAAGAAUCUAUAUUGUGAAAAUGGCCAUACUGCCCAAAGUAGUUUGUAGAUUCAAUGCUAUUCCCAUCAAGCUACCACGGACUUUCUUCACAGAAUUAGAAAAAACUACUUUAAAUUUCAUAUGGAACCAAAAAAUAGCCCGUAUAGCCAAGACAAUCCUAAGCAAAAAGGACAAAACUGGAGGCAUCACGUUACCUGAAUUCAAACUAUACUACAAGUCUUCAGUAACCAAAAAAGCAUGGUAUUGGUACCAAAACAGGUAUAUAGACUAAUGGAACAGAACAGAGGCCUCAGAAAUAAUGCUACACAAUUACAACCAUCUGAUCUUUGACAAACCUGACAGAAAUGAGCAAUGGGGAAAGGAUUCCCUAUUUUAAAAAUGUGUUGGGAAAACUGGUUAGCCAUAUGCAGAAAAAUGAAAUUGGACCCCCUUUUUACACCUUAUACAAAAAUUAACUCAAGAUGGAUUAAAGACUUAAAUGUAAGACCUAAAACCAUAAAAACCCUAGAAGAAAACCUAGGCAAUACCAUUCAAGACAUAGGCAUGGGCAAAGACUUCAUGACUAAAACACCAAAAGUAAUGGCAACAGAAGCCAGAAUUAACCAAUGGGGUCUAAUUAAACUAAAGAGCUUCUGCACAGCAAAAGAAACUAUCAUUAGAGUGAACAGGCAACCUACAGAAUGGGAGAAAAUUUUUGCAAUCUAUCCAUCUGACAAAGGGCUAAUAUCCAGAAUCUACAAGGAACUUAAAUUUACAAGAGAAAAACCCCAUCAAUAAGUGGGUGAUAUGAAUAGACACUUCCUAAAAGAAGACAUUUAUGUGGUCAACAGACAGACAAAAAAAAGAUCAUCAUCACUGGUCAUUAGAGAAAUGCAAAUCAAACCACAAUGAGAUAACAUCUCACACCAGUUACAAUGGCAAUCAUUAAAAAGUCAGGAAACAACAGAUGCUGGAGAGGAUGUGGAGAAAUAGGAAUGCUUUUACACUGUCAGUGGGAGUGUAAAUUAGUUCAACCAUUGUGGAAGACAGUGCAGCGAUUCCUCAAGGAUCUAGAACCAGAAAUACCAUUUGACCCAGCAAUCCCAUUACUGGGUAUAUACCCAAAGGAUUAUAAAUCAUUCUACUAUAAAGACACAAGCAAAUGCAUGUGUAUUGCAGGACUUUUCACAAUAGCAAAGACUUGGAACCAACCUAAAUGCCCAUCAAUGAUAGACUGGAUAAAGAAAAUGUGGCACAUAUACACCUUGGAAUACUAUGCAGCUAUAAAAGGAUGAAUUCUUGUCUUUUGCAGGGACAUGGAUGAAGCUGGAAACCAUCAUUCUCAGCAAACUAACACAGGAACAGAAAACCAAACACUGCAUGAUCUCACUCAUAAGUGGGAGUUGAACAAUGAGAACACAUGGACACAGGGAGGGGAACAUCACACACUGGGCCUCUUAGGUGGGUGGAGGGCUAGGGGAGGGAUAACAUUAGGAGAAAUACCUAAUGUAGAUGACAGGUUGAUGGGUGCAGCAAACCACCAUGGCACAUUUAUACCUAUGUAACAAACCUGCACGUUCUCCACACGUAUCUCAGAACUUAAAGUAUAAUUUAAAAAAAAUCAAGAUUUGCCCCAAGCAAAAAUAAGCAUGUAAUUAUUUUCCUCAUAAAAGAAUUCACUAGAGAAGUGAGUCACUGCGCAAACACAGUAGAAAGUUGUACACCCUUGUUAUAGAAAGAUAUAGCAAAUGCUGAUUGCACUUUGGACAACUCACUCACAAACACUGCUGGCAUUUUAAACAGUGCAUUUCAUCCUGCUUAGAUCUGUGUUACCCAAAUAUGAGCAGCUCUAAUUGUCCUUAAUCAAACAAUUUCCAGGUCUUUGGAUUGUAUCCUUUGAGGCAGCAAGAUACUUGUGAAAUGGUAAAAGUAAACUAAACAGCAUCACUCACAGCAUCAACAUAUUGAGACUAAAUUUUCUCAGGUAUUAUCAAUGAUAGGAAAAUGACAGUGUGAUUCCUUCCAGGGUAGUACUGGUUUGACAGCAUCACUUAGAAAUUAAAAAUCUAGAUCUGAUAUCGCAACUGCCUGAAGGUCACACCAACUGUGCUUCUUACUAGUUGUUCAUAUUAGGAGAAUAUCUUAAGUGCUCUAAACUUUGUUUUUCUAAUCUACAUAGUUCUUCCCCACAUAAUGUGAUGAAUAAAAGAUGCAAUGUAAGGAGGUAUUUAAUGGAGUACCAGCAAAAUAAGUUAUAUGAAUGCAAAAAAACUUAGCCAUUACUACCAACUACCUCUACUGCCAGACUCAUGUUGAAAAGAAAACAUAUUUUAACACAUAUUAAAACUUACCUAUGUGAAUAUAUGUCUAUCAUAUAUAUACUGUACAUACAACAUAUAUAUGCAUAUACUAAGUGUGUGUGUGUACAGCACAAUAAAUUUUUUAUACUUAUUUAUAGAUAAAAUUUUUAUGUGAGGAAAGGUGAACAAAUUUGCCAAAAGUUGUACUGCUUGUUAGAAUUAGACCUGAAGUCCAUCACUGGAUAUGAUUGAUUCUAAAACUAUCUAUACCUUUUUAUAGGAUGCAAUUUAUCUGAACCUAUGGUGAUCACAUAAAAUUAACUAUUUUCUACUUAAAAAUGAAAUCAUUAACUUGUAUCUCCUUGGGUUUGUAAGGCCUUCAUAAUAUAGCCAAAUCCUUUAAAAUUCAUGUGUUGGGGGGACAUCUGACAUGUCCUUUCACGUGGGAUUGAAGGAAAGGAGCCACUGGCCACAGAUAUUGUACAUAUGGAUCCUUUUAUGAACAUAAGACUUUAUUUUGCUGUUUCCCUAAUACAUAGUCAUGCAGUUCAUAUUUGAACAUUUUUGGUAAUCUGGUAAGCCUAUUUAAAAGUUUUUUCUUAUAGUGACCUAAAAUAUACUUUUCUCUGAUUUCCA